AUGAUAAUUUUUAUCGUUCUUUUGUUUGAGCAACUUCUACUGCCAACUAGUAAGAUAAAAUAUAUGAUUAGAAUGCAAAUAUUUGGUUUUAACAGAUGUAACUAAAGAAAGUGCAGGAAGUUUAUGGUCAGACGAAACCUUAAGCCUACCACUAGCAUUCUGUACGAAUGGGUUAGCAGAAAACUACAUAGGGGUAGACACUAGUUUAAGUUCAAUCUAUUGGAAGAGAAUAUUUACUCUUCCAAAAACAAGCAGAGCCUACGUAUAUUUUGAGUAUUCUAUCUCUGGAAAUUGGAAUAAUGAUGAAUUGUAGGUCUUUGCAAACGAUUAAAAAGUAUACUCCUAGAAAUUCAAACUUACCGAUUCCAAUAGGAAUUGCAUUGAAAAGUAUUUAGUUCGAUCAAUCAUAGAUUGCUUUAUGAAUCCCAAGCAUACUUUGUUAUCAAUAUGCGAUUUGAUGCUUUGAAUUUCGAGAUAAAAGUCAGUGCUCCAAACCUGGGAAUUUAUAUAAAAAAUUUGGUCCUUUUGCAACAACAGCAAAGAGGGAGAAACGAAAUCCUGCAAUUCAUUGACUAUAUCCCAACAUGUAGUCCAAAUAACUACUUUUAACAAUAUUAUUGCAAAUGCAAAGGCGACUUAGUUUAUUAAUCAAAUUUAUGUAUAGCAACAUGUGGAUAAAACUAUUUGUAUGACUCCACUGAGAAGUACUGUUAUUAAAAAGACUAUUGUACAGCAUGUGCAGGAACAUAAACAACAUUAACAUGUGACACAGGCUAUUACAAAUAUUAGGAAUCUGAUAUUACUUAAUCUAAUUGUGUUAAAAGAUGUCCAAAUAGUUAUUAUCAAGAUGAGACGACCAAAACUUGUACUAGUAUGCAAGCCUACCUUUAAACUAAUCAAAAUGGAGGAAGUAAAUAAUUAAAAUAUAUGAUUUAGACUAAGUUGACCAUUACUACUUCUUUACUACAAUACCAGAGUUCUUGCACUUUUAUACUUACAACGAUUUUAUGGUAACUGUUGUGUCAACCCCUGAAAAAAUAAGGGAGAGAGCCUUUUUUUAUUACAGCGGUAGUUUUUAUGUAGGCUCAUUCGAAACAUUCUAAUCCCAAAAGGUGUAGAUCACACAAACCAUUCAGAAGUCAUAGCACAAGUUAAGAUUCAGGGCAAUAGCUCAUUUUCUUGAUUUCAACCCUUCUAAAUUCGAUGUCACAAUAAAUGGUGUAAAAUAAACUGCGGCAGUCUUACAAGUGGAUAGCAUCAACAGAUUGUCCGCAUCGACAUCAGAUUAUAUUGCAUAUCUUGAUUACACUUGGCAAAGGACAGAAUUAUACCCAUUAACUUUAAAUACCAUCCUGUUUGAAAUUGAAUAAACAUAAUAAGGAGGAGAUUAUAUUGGUGUCUUCUACUUGGAUGACAUCCAUAUUUUUUAAUUUGAAUGCCAAACAGGAUGUAAUUCCUGUUAUACUUAUGCACUUUGUACUCCAUGUCUGUUUCCAGCAAACAAAAACCCUGCCGAUUGUACCUGUCUGACAGGAUACGCUAUGUUGAAUAAUUAAUGCAUAAGUAAUACAUCAAUUGAAAUUAGCUUGUCCCACUUAUUGCACUACUUGUGUAACACCUGGAGUGUGUGUAGAUUGUUUGGCCUCGACAAAGAGAAUUAACACUCCUAGUUGUGAUUAAUGCCCAGUUAGUUAUUAUAUGAGUUCUGGAAUUGCAGAUUGUUAACCUUGCUAAACUGGAUGUUAUUCAUGUACAGUUGGAACUGCAUGUGUAUAAUGUGCAAAUGGAUACUUUAGAAAUCAGUCAAAUUAGUGCACUACAUAAUGUCCAGAUGGAUAAUUCAAUGAUUCUAGUAAUGUAAAUGAUCCAAAAUGUAGUAUUUGUGACAACAAUUGCUUAAAAUGUUAAACAACAGCUACUAAUUGUAUUGGAUGUAAAGGAUUGGCUAUUCUUGUUUCUGGUCAUUGUUAUUUAUGUUCUGAAGGUCAAUAUCUAUCAGGCACAACCUGUGUAAAUUGUAUUGGUGGUUGCUAAAUAUGUUCAACUGUUACCUGUACAACAUGUUAAGAUUCCUAUUAUUAUAAAUCAUCCACGAAUGAAUGUCUUUCUGUUUGUGACCCAGGAUAUUUUGGAAAUACAACGACUAAAACAUGUGAUCCAUGUGAUCCCAAUUGUCUAACAUGCUUAGGAGGUACUAAUAAGGACUGUUUAACUUGUUCAGGAGGUAAAGUACUUAAUGUUUAAAGUGUCAUUAGUGGAGAAUGUCAAACAAAUUGUUUGGUUGGAUUCUACAAGGUAGAUAAUGGAUGUUCUAAAUGUUGGAAAGGGUGUUCUGCAUGUUAGGACUAAACACAAGCUUGUUUGACUUGUGCAAGUAAGUUUUAUAGAUUGAAAACUGACAAUUGGUGUUAUGAAACUUGUCCUGAUGGAUAUUAUAAUAACAAAGUUGGGUGGCUUUGUUCACCUUGUAAUAGUCAAUGCAAAACCUGCUAUGGAUUUUCUGAACUCACUUGUCUAUCAUGCAAUGCUCCAUUGGCUUAUUAUCAGAAUGAAUGUUUGGUAGAAUGUUAUGAUGGAUAUGGCAGUAUAAACAAUAUAUGUUAACCAUGUGCAGCUAAUUGUAAGAGUUGCUUUGGUACAUUGCCAAAUGAAUGUCUUGCUUGUAUGACUGGAUUUUAUACACUUAAUAAUCAAUGUUAUGUUAAAUGUCCCAGAUCAUUUAUUGGAAUCAGACCUUAGUAUAUUUGUAAAUGUAUAUAUGACAAUUGUGUAACUUGUACAUCCACCUAGUUCUUCUUGGAUAAUUAAUGUUAUGAUACCUGUCCAACUGGCUACUUUGGAUUCAAUUCAUUGUGCAUCAAAUGCGACGUCACUUGUGGAACUUGCUUUGGAGAAGGCCUAGAUGAAUGUACAACUUGUAAUAGUGGAUUGGUUUUAUACAAAAACACCUGCAUAACAGAAUGUCUGGGAAAUCUGUAUCAAGAUGUUCUAGCUAAUGAGUGUAAAUUAUGUCAUACUGAUUGCACUGCAUGUACAGGACCCAACAAUAAUUAAUGUACUGCCUGUCCAACUGAGAAAUUAUUGACAAUAGAACAUUCUUGUUAGGUUUAAUGCACAGAUGGUUCAUAUCCUGUAGUCAAUGAAUUGCGAUGCUAUCCUUGUCAUGCCACCUGUAAAACCUGCUUUGGACCUGCUGAUGAGAAUUGCUUAAGCUGCACCAACCUAUUUGAAGCCAAUAAAUGUGUCAGUACUUGUUCAGUGGGAUUUACAAUCAACGCUACAGGUACUGCAUGUGAUUCUGAUUUCCCACUUACUAUUUCAGUUUGCUCUUAUUAGUGCAAGACUUGUGAAUUAGCUCCAAGGUUCUGCAAGUUAUGUUCAGGUAAUCGUGCUCCCAAUCCUCCGAAUUGUGAUUGUGAAGCUGGUUAUUUCGAUGAUGGAGCCAAUGCCAAUUGUCCUAAAUGUGCUAACAAAUGCUCGACUUGCAAAGGAUUAGCCACACUAUGUCUGAAAUGCAAAGGAGAUAGACUUCUACCUUCAUGCAAUUGUCCAGAGUAUUAUUAUGAUGACGGUGAGUCAGUCAAUUGUGUAAAAUGUCAAGACAAUUGUAAAACCUGUGAUGGCAGUGGAUGUACUUCAUGUUUAGGUGAUAGAAUUACUGUUCCUACUUGUGUUUGUCCUGAUGGGUACUUUGAUAGCUAUCAAAUGUAUUGUACUCAAUGUGCGAAAAAGUGUAUCACCUGCAAUGGAUCUGCAGAACUUUGUACUAAUUGCUCAGGAAUUAGAGUUAGUUCACCUAUUUGCGGUUGUCCAAAUGGGUACUUUGAAAACUCUGAUCUAGACUGUCAACAAUGUGAUUCAACUUGUAAAGAUUGCAAUCAAUAUGGAUGUCUAUCAUGUUUUGGAAAUAGAGUGGGUCCAAUCAACGGAGAGUGUAAAUGUGAUACGAAAGGUAUCAGUAGAUUCAGCAUUGGAUCAGUCUAUUGUACUGAUUGCUCUCUGGGAGUACCAUACUUUGGAUUGAAUGAUGAAUUUACUGGAUUCACUAUUGAUUUUGGUGGCUCCGUUGCUUUGUAUGGUUCCUUAACAGGAGAUUCAGAUAGCUUUUGCAGUGCCAUUUUCGAUGAAGACACUUUAUCUUUGCUUGGAACCAAGCCUGUUUGCAAUGAUGACCUCUCUAUAAUUUUUGGAGACAACCCUACAAUCCAAGUUGGAGAUACCAUUUAACUCAAGCCCAUAUUUCUAUUACAAGGAUGUGGUUACAGAUUUUUGUAAAUCCUACCAAAUACCUUAUAAAUACCAACUACCAUAGAUUAGUCUACUCAUAAACCAUCAGUCAGAUUCACAGAUGUUACUUCUCCAAAUGUGUGUUAACCAUUAACUAUAAAAUUCGAAGAGUUAUUUUACAAUGGAAAAUAGAAAUUUAAAAUUUUAUCUUGGAAUCAAAUACUCCCAGUAGCUGUAGAUCCAGUUAUAGCCACAAUACUGUCGAGUAAUAAAUUAAAUAAUAGUGACACUUUAAUAUUCCCAGAUAGGCUGUUCUAAUCUGGUGUUCUAUAUAAAUUUGGAGCUCAGGUUGAGAGUUUUGCUAAAUUGCAGAACCAACAGACCUUUUAAUUUUAGGCCUCGCAAUAAUCAACCAUUACUUUUAAAUAAGACACACUGAUUGCUCAAUACAACAGGUUUUAGAACAUCAAAAUCCCAACGAAAAUCUCAUAUGCUAAUUGUGUAGAGAAGAAUCCUCCAUAACAGUUGUUAUAUUAUGAGAUAAUAUUGAAAAAUACAAAGAAGAAACUCUUAAAUGGGACAUUGACAGAGAAUUUAUUGGAUGGAUUCCAAUUGGAUGUUCCAAUAGAAUUUCCACCCUUUUAUUUCAACUUCACGAAUCCUUAUGUUCUGGUGUUCAAUACUAAGUUAACUAGACCCGACUACACAGCCACCAGCUAAAGCACAUUUGAAAUAUUCAUCGUUCCUUCCUCGCCUGUCUUAACAAUAGCAGGAGGUAACAGAAUGUUGGGAUUCACAUAAGAAUUGUUCUUAAAUACAACAAUAACUGAUCAAGAUUUAACAGCUGAAGAGGCCGCUAAAAUGACAUAUACAUGCAAUUGGAUAUGUGAGGACAUCGUAAAUGGGACUGCAUGUCAGAAUCAGAUGAAUGAGACUCUUGUUUUUGAUAACAAUUGCAAUUAGUAUCUUCCUCCCAGGACAUUUGAACCCUAUAAGGCUGUUAAUUUUUAGGUGGAGAUAUUAAAGGAAAAUGUUAACUACUCAACCAAGGUUUCCAUCCAACUUAUCGAAUUAGAUUUGCCUGCUUUGACCAUCUAGGGAGCCGACCCUUUAGAACUCCACAAUUAUUACGAUGAAUUCAUCUUCAAACUUACUUAUCCAGGCAUUGACCCAGAUGUGUUGAUGUAUGCAGGGGCUGUGAUUUAUGAUCAGGUGGUAUAGGCAACAUUUCAAUUCUAUUAUUUGGAUUUUAAAUUCAAAAUUCAGGAUUAUUUCACUAAUUUUGAUGUAGCCAAAGGAAAUGCUGGUAGAUUGAGAUUAUCUGUCUAUGACCCUCGAUUCAUUAUGCCAUCAUUGAAUACUUAAAUGUUAACUCUAAAUAUACCACCUUAGAAGUGCGAAUUAAGUUAUAAGAGGAAGGAGAGCUUUGUCGAAUUCCUAGACUAUCUCGAAGUGAAUGUCAUAAAUUGUAAUGACGUAGAUACUCCAUUGAAAUAUUCUGUUAUGCUAUUUCCGAAUUAGUCAAUCUACAAAUCAGAUCUUGAAAACUCAAAAUUCUAUCAUUACCUACUUGUGAUUCCUCCACAGUUAACUUCCAGAUUUAACCUAACACUCCCUUAUGCCAACAGUGAUGACAGUCUCAUUGUUGUGAACAUCUAAGAUUAAUAAGGUGGAAUCGCCAACAUCACAGAACCUCUACAAAUCAAGCAGUACGCAAAUUUAAGUGAGGACAACAUCAGAAAUUAUCAACUUAGAUUACAGAGCUUCGAUGAACGAUUGAUAGGUUAUCGCAUCAUCACGGACCGACUUACCUAAUUAAGUGGGUUGAUUGAUUAUAAGGAAGAAUUGCUUAAUGAAUUGCUGGCCAUCGAUAAGAACGAUUCCUUCCUAAGCAAUCAAACUGAAACCCUCUACCAUUCAUUAUCGAGUAUAUUGAGUCAGAAUGUAAGUCUGAUUUCUCUUAAUGAAACUCACUUGCUGAAUUAGUUAAACGUUAGGAUAAAGUUGGCAGCAACAGAACUAGUAAAGUUAACCGAAUUGUAACAUAACAAUAAAUUGACUUCCCUGUUAAAUAUAGAGAAAAACAAUUAUGUUAAGUAAUAUUACACAUACACCAAUAUCCUCUCAUCCUAUAUUAAUUACAGAGUCAAUAAGAAUGAAACUGCAACAGAAAUCCAGGCCCAACUUGAUUCCAUGAUCAAUUACUUAUAGGAUAUUAGUGUGGCCAAUGAACCUAUGUACAAAGUGUCAUCUAAUUCAGUCAAUAUGAACUUUGGAUUCCUAACAUCAAAACUCGCAAAUGAAGCUACUGGCUCAGCUAUCAAGGAUAGUAGUAAAACUAGAUUAUUAGAAGCAGAGGCUGACACCUCAAAUUCAAAUUAUAGCAGCACAACCAAUUUCUUCAAAUUCUCACAGACUCGCUUCAUUGAUAAUCCCUUCUACAGUGCUGUUGGGUUCCCUAAAAACAGCACUGGCUAUUAGGCUGUCGAUCCUAAAUUGGCCAUCCAGAAUGCAGUAGAUAAAACAAAGAAUAUCACAUCCAGUAUGAAGAUGAAAUUCCCAACUAACAAACAAUUACCUACAAACACUUCAACUAAAUGCAUCGCUCAAGUAGACUCUGGGAGCUGGAAUGCUGAUGUCUGUAAAACUAAAAAGGCUGAAGGAGAAACUAUUUGUGAAUGCGAAUCCCUCAAUCCAACUUCAAUCAUGGAAUCCUUAGACUACUUGCUUGACAAAGCCUCACAAGUAUAUUCAUUGGACACUCUACUUGCAUUUGCAUCAUUCCCCUUUUACAAAACCAUUGUAUUUUACUUCUACCUACUAAUGACUGGAGGCUAUGCCUAUGUAGUCUAUUGGGGAAUGAAGGUAGAUCAAGCCAUGUACACAAGGAUAGCAAUUGAAAAAGAAGCCUUGGAAUAGAAGAUUAAAGAAGAAGAGGACAAGCUAAAGGAACAAGAAAAGAAAUAAGAGGAAGAUUAGAAAGAAGAAAAUGAUGGAGCUGUGCACAUUGAACACAUUGAUACAUAAAACGAUGCCAAUCAAAGCAAAGCCAUUCUCGAGCAUUAAGAGUUUGAUGAUGUACCAACCAACAAUGAGGGUUAAAACACAAUCUUUAAUAGAAACAGAAUGCCUUAAGAAUCCAAGGAUGGACCAAUAGGAACGAGAGGACAGGUGCCUACUUUGAUAGAUAUUAAUGAUCACACUUAGUUGAUACGCCCGAGAAGGAAUUCAGUUCAUGGAAGUGUAUAAGUGAUUCCCUCUGCUGACAAUGCACAUGUAGCAGUGGAUGUUUAAAAUGCCACAGUUAAUUCUCAAAUCUCUCCCUAGAAUAAGGUUGAGAAUGCCGAUAAUCCACUUCAAAAGGAACCUGAAGUCACAAAGAAACCGCAGGAGGAUAUUGUUUAAUAAUCCAUCUCCAAGUUAAAAGCUUACAUAGAAUAUCUAAAGUAUUUCCAUUAGAUCUUGUCUAUUGUGUAUAAGGAUGAUGAGGAAAAACCUCGGGGUCUCAGAGCAUCAAUUGUCUACACUAGUAUUAUGGGUAGUUUGGCUGUGCUCUUUGUCUUUGGGCAACCAAAUAAUAUCAGUCUCACCCUGACUCUGGCUUUGCUAACUGCUCCUGUCAAUAAAAUUUAUUAAGUCAUACUUGAGAAGAUGUUGGCACACAAGAAGAAGUCAGUAAGAAUCGGAGGUGCUUUUGUAAUGAUAGUCACUGCUGGAUUUAUAUCUUAUACUAUGCUUGCAGGUUUAGUGCUAAGUGGUUCAGUGGAAACAGCCAACCAAUGGAGUUAUAUUUUUAUCGGUACCUUCAGUGCAGACAAUCUGCUUUAUUCUCCAAUUCAGUUGGUCCUUUAAUAUGGUGUUCAUAUGGGAUUGAUUAAUAUGCCAGCGAUUUAAAGAUUAAUGAACAAAUUAUUGGAUUCUAAAGCUAAGGAAUUCCUUAGAAAAAUAUUUACUAGAAGAAGAUGA